AUGUAUUUGGGAGUAUUACUUUAUACUUUGGUGUAUUCUGUGAGUUGUGCAGUUUCAGAUACGGAUGACCAAUUUUUGGUGGAAAUCCCAAAUAUACACAGUACACAGGAGAUAUAUGGAAGCUUUGUAAAUGAGCCCAAACCGAAAAACUUGACAGAAGUUGGAGGAAAACUUUUGACAGCGGCGGUGAAAAAUCACAAGAACCAAAAAACAAUUGAUGGAAAGUGCGCACAGGAUUUCUCUCGCAACUGUCCAGGUAUGAUGUGUGAAAUUGACAAGUACUGUAAAGCUCCAGAAUCUUACAACGGUGACUGUAAAACCUUGGUAUCUUUUGAAACACUAACCCCGGAGGAGAAGAUUAAUUGGUCAACUUCGUGCAACGCACCGUGGCCAUGCAAGAUAGACGAAGAAGAUCCGAAAUUUGGUUGUGACGAUUCUAAAAGAAAUUAUCUGCAGCCAUGUCCAGAACUGUUUUUGAAGCAGAAAUCAGAGACCUCUGGAAAGUAUUUUUGCGUUCCGGAUCCCUCCACUUAUACUGGCCCAUGUGAUUCUUUUAUGGAUUUUACGGAGUUUUCGCGAGAGUCUAAGCAACUAUGGGCAAAAUCAUGUGGCACAAAUUGGCCAUGUUUUACAAAAUGCUUGUUUGUAUUUGAAGAUUGUCCUAUGGACUGGGUUAAAGCUGAGGACGGUUCUUGCAAAUCACCUUCAUCAUAUACUGGAGAAUGUGAACAUACUGUCUUCUUUACUCACUAUACUCAAAAAAUGAAGGUUAAUCACCUAGUUUCCUGUGAGAUCCCCUUUGAGUGCUCUAGCGAAUGCACAAGGGAUUAUGAUGCAUGUCCAGUUGAUUGGACCAUCCAGGGUAAUGGAUUAUGUGUUUCUCCAAGUGAUGUGGAUCCUUGUACUGAUGUAUAUAAGGAGAUUGUAGCGUUGGUGGAAAAUAUACCGAAUGCUAUAAAUAUUAAAAAAAUGACACGUGACAUGAAAGUAUUGUUUGAAUCUAGAUGUUCAACUGCAAACUGGCCGUGUUUAACACGAGAUGAAUAUAAUUGGGAUCUUCCAUGUCCACAGGGGUGGACUGUAUCCAAAGAGGGAAAAUGCAUUCCUCCAGAGUUGGAUGAUGACGAUAUUUGUAAGAGCUCACGUGUAUUUAUCGAUGAAGAAGAGAAACGUAAAUUUGCAUCACAUUGUCGUUUAAACUGGCCAAGUAUCCAUGAAGAAAAGAGGGAGAUUGUAAAGCAUGAAAGCAAAGUGUCAAAAAUUAGUGGACCUAUAAUUUACGGUACCGGAAACGUCUACAAGACAAAAAAUACAAACCAAGGGGACGAAUUAAAGGAACCAAAGGAUGUAGAAUACAAAUCGCAUGUAAAGAGAAUAAAGAGAAAAUACAAGGCACUUGACUUGUAG